CUUGAUCUUUGCUACAUUCUCCAACGACUGAGUGAGACACGAGCUGAAGGAAAGAGAAGAAGAAAAAAGACGCUACCGUCAGCAAAGACGAAUAUUUUGUCGUUCAAUUAUCUACGUGUUCGGCAAUGGCCUCUUCCAAGGAAAUGCAAACAUCAGCGAGGCCAUUGACCCAACACCGUCAAUCCAUCUCCUCCGGCUCGUCGUCUUCCUUGGGCGCUGCGAGACCAUUUUCUCAUUCUCGCAACAACUCCCACACAUACUCCGCCUUGUCCGGCGCCCUCAAUGCCGCCCAUCGUGUAACACGUCGGAAGAGCAUGACCAACACCGCCGCUAAUGUCGCAGCCGUCGCAGCCGCCCUCGAGGAAGCCGGCGACAAGGUCGGACCCCUCCCCAUCGCCGUCAAUUCACGUCGCGGUACCAUGUCGAAGUCCGCCGCCGCGAGAUCAGCUAUCAUCGGUAGCUUACCCUCUCCGCCAGCCAGCUUGCCAACGCACAGGUUCUCCAUGAGCAUGAAGCCUGAGGGCUUGGAGGACGCUAUCGAUGACGAUUCGAACGAUAUGUCGGCCGACGAAGGGGAGGGAGGGCCGCAGAAAACUCGCAUUAGGCGGGCGAGCGACGGUCAGCCCCUGACGAAGGAGGGCAAAAAGAGCAACCGAAUUGAGCUCCGCUGCGAUAAGUGUGGGAAAGGAUACAAGCAUAGCAGCUGCUUGACCAAGCAUUUGUGGGAACAUACUCCCGAGUGGUCCCUCACGUCAAAGCUGCUUAUAUCCAAGCAUCAACAAGUUCAACUGCUCGAGGCGGCCUCGGUUCUCGUAGCCAUGAACAUCGACGAUGCAACCACCCCACCUGACUCGGCCAAAGAUUUCGCCAGCGACCCCGAAUCGGCCUCCCCUACCGCAUCGGGCUAUUCGGAACUUCACGACGACGUUCGCAGCUCCGCUGAUACCACCCCACCACCACAACCGGAGGCUUUCAGCGUGAGCAAUACUCUCGCAUACCGGACAGCGCCAAAGAGGAGCAGCAACGGAAGUAGUUAUUCGCGGUCUUUCCAGUCGGCGAUAUCGGGCUCAUUCUUCCCAGGCAGCGUACCUAACGGGAAUGCGUUCGGCCACAUCCGACAUGCAAGCACAGACCGACGCCCUCCAUCUUCUGGUAUGAACAGCACCGGCCAGGACGAUCGCGACCUUGCUGCAGCGGUAGAGCUACUCAGCUGUAGCUUUGGCAGCAACGGGGGGGGCCGUGAUGCUAGGUUGCCUAACGACGCCCCCCCGGUACCGCCGCUUCCUGCCCAAUAUCUCGACCAUGCAGCCUUUACUAGUACGAGUUUCAUCAAUAGUUUCCCAUCCGGCCAAAUGCCGGAGAGUUUCACCCGAGGUGAGCUCCGGCACACAGAAGACGUGAAGAUGGAAGACAGCGAGAGCAGCGUUAUGGACGAAGACGAGGGUGAUCUGCGCUCUGGGACGCGUAGCAGCGAGGAUGACGACGAGAUGAUGUUUGGCCGUAUGGAGGAUUAAACUCUAGAUCGUUCGCUCGAGAGAUGACAUGAAACGAAUCAUGGCGUUCUGUUGAUUUCCUUUGUGUAUCGUCGUAUAUCAAAUUUUGUAAACGAGGUGGUUCGCUCCGCGGCCGAAAUCUCAGCACCGAAGA